AAUAGCAACCAAAAGGCCCAAUUACCAAUGCCUAGCGUAUAAACUAUUUGUUCCCCCAAAUCUUUGCCGCAAUUAUCAGAUUGGAGAGAGAGAUUUGGUGGAAACGAAUCGUGAUUGAAAGAUGAGGGACGAAGAAGAAGAAGAAGAAGAGGAACUGAAUCAGAAGGCAGUUUUGGAACAAGUAUUCGGUCACUCCUCCGACGACGAAGACGAUAACGACGACGAAAUGUUUGAUUCUGAUUCAGAUUGUGAUAUUGCUUACAAAUUGGAACAAGUGUUCGGUCCCUCCUCCGACGAAGACGACGGCAGCGGCGAUAGAUCCGAUUCCGAUUCAGAUUAUGAUAAUUUCUACAAUUUGGACAAAACUUACAAUUGUGAAUGGGAAUGUAUCUCAGAAGUGAAAGGAUUAUGGAUGUUAAGAAACUUUCUAUCAAUUAGUCAGCAAUCUCGUUUACUCUCAUCAAUUGAAUCAGAGAAAUGGUUCACAGAACCUUCAAUCAACCAAGCAAUGCGUUUCGGUUUUAAAAACCUACCUUAUUGGGCGAUUAGUCUCUCAUUUUCAAUUCGCCAUUGUUCUUCUUUUUCAAAAUAUCAACUUCCUCCAAAUCUAAUGCAGAGGGAACCAAUUUUUGAUCAAAUGAUAACGAAUGUUUAUCAACCAGGUGAAGGCAUAUGUCCUCAUAUCGAUCUCUUGCGAUUCGAAGACGCCAUUGCUAUUGUAUCGUUGGAAUCGUCUUGUGUGAUGCAUUUUACUACUGAGACUCAACGUGUUCCCGUUUUGCUUACACCUGGUUCGUUGAUUCUCAUGUUUGGAGAUGCUAGGUAUGUUUGGAAACAUGAGAUUAAUCGGAAACCUGGUUUUCAAAUGUGGAAUGGAGAAUUGUUGAAUCAAUCCAAACGCACUUCUAUUACUCUCAGGAAACUCUCACCUUCUCCCUCAAGCUAAAUCAACCCUAUUUUUUUUUUUUUUGGUUUGGAUAGAAAUCUUAUUUUCUUUUAGGUGCAACUUUUCUCACCCUUAUUCAAUUUGGAAAAAGAUACUCUCUAUUCUCUUGUGUUAAUUUAAUUGCCUCAGUUUUUAUAUUUAUUUGUUUCA